CUUUAUACAUACAGUCUAUGGUCUGGAUCAGAUGGAGGGGGGUCUGCAGAGCUCCGGGGAGGGGAUGGUGAAGUCCGCCUCGGCGUAUGCAGACCUGCAGCAGCACCGGUCCGACGGCGUCCAGAGGAGACCAGCGCCGGGGCCCGGCUCCGUCCCCCAGCCCGACUACCUGCAGGGGGACGAGGACGAGGACCUCAUCAAACCCAAGAAACUGGUGAAUCCCGUCAAAGCUUCCCGGAGUCACCAAGAGCUUCACCGGGAGCUGAUGAGCAGCUGCAAGCGAGGCGGGGGGGCGGUGGAGAUGAAGCCGGAGCUGCAGAGGGUCCUGGAGUCCAGGAAGAGAGAUCAGCUGAUCAGAAACAGGAAGCAGGAAGAGGAAACCCACAGGAAGAUUUCCCCUCUGGAGGCCGAGCUGCAGAAGAGGCACCAGAAACUGGACGAGUUGGACAGACAGCAACAGAAGGAGCAGGAGGACACCCUGAAAGCUCCAGAGUUCAUCAAAGUGAAGGAGAACCUGAGACGGACGUCCUUUCAAAAGGAGGAGAAGGAGGUGUAAAGACAUCUGCUGUCCUGCAGGACAAAGACACUGUCUACAUGUUUACAGGACACACACACACACACACACACACACACACACACACACACACACUUUUUAAUAAUGAUGAAUAGAAUCCUAAAGUGAGGACAGAUUUUAAAUCUUAGUGAUGCUAAAGUUAUAGUUCUAUAAAAUGAUAAUGAAGAGUGCUUUAUCGUGUUUGUAAUUAGAGAUGCAGAACCUUCUGAAAGACACAUGUCUUUAAUCACAUAAACCUGAGCACUCCAUUCAUAAUUAUUAUAUCAUUAGAUUUCAAAAGGAUGUGUACAUCUCAUUUCAUUUAAAGAGGCCCUAUUCUGCUUUUGGGCUUUUUCCUGUCGUACGUUCUAAAGGUUUUUGUGACAUCACUAUGGAACACUCUCACUCCUAUUGACUACAACCCACGUACGUGAGGACUCUUUAAAGUAGAGACGCUACAUACUGAUAUACACCUGAACAUCAGCAGGAGAGGACUCUUUAAAGUAGAGACUCUACAUACUGAUAUACACCUGAACAUCAUCAGGAGAGGACUCUUUAAAGUAGAGACACUACAUACUGAUAUACACCUGAACAUCAGCAGGAGAGGACUCUUUAAAGUAGAGACUCUACAUCCUGAUAUACACCUGAACAUCAGCAGGAGAGGACUCUUUAAAGUAGAGACACUACAUACUGAUAUACACCUGAACAUCAGCAGGAGAGGACUCUUUAAAGUAGAGACUCUACAUACUGAUAUACACCUGAACAUCAGCAGGAGAGGACUCUUUAAAGUAGAGACACUACAUACUGAUAUACACCUGAACAUCAGCAGGAGAGGACUCUUUAAAGUAGAGACUCUACAUACUGAUAUACACCUGAACAUCAGCAGGAGAGGACUCUUUAAAGUAGAGACACUACAUACUGAUAUACACCUGAACAUCAGCAGGAGAGGACUCUUUAAAGUAGAGACUCUACAUACUGAUAUACACCUGAACAUCAGCAGGGGAGGACUCUUUAAAGUAGAGACUCUACAUACUGAUAUACACCUGAACAUCAGCAGGAGAGGACUCUUUAAAGUAGAGACACUACAUACUGAUAUACACCUGAACAUCAGCAGGAGAGGACUCUUUAAAGUAGAGACACUACAUACUGAUAUACACCUGAACAUCAGCAGGAGAGGACUCUUUAAAGUAGAGACUCUACAUACUGAUAUACACCUGCACAUCAGCAGGAGAGGACUCUUUAAAGUAGAGACACUACAUACUGAUAUACACCUGAACAUCAGCAGGAGAGGACUCUUUAAAGUAGAGACUCUACAUACUGAUAUACACCUGAACAUCAGCAGGAGAUGACUCUUUAAAGUAGAGACUCUACAUACUGAUAUACACCUGAACAUCAGCAGGAGAGGACUCUUUAAAGUAGAGACACUACAUACUGAUAUACACCUGAACAUCAGCAGGAGAGGACUCUUUAAAGUAGAGACUCUACAUACUGAUAUACACCUGAACAUCAGCAGGAGAGGACUCUUUAAAGUAGAGUCACUACAUACUGAUAUACACCUGAACAUCAGCAGGAGAGGACUCUUUAAAGUAGAGACUCUACAUACUGAUAUACACCUGAACAUCAGCAGGAGAGGACUCUUUAAAGUAGAGACUCUACAUACUGAUAUACACCUGAACAUCAGCAGGAGAGGACUCUUUAAAGUAGAGACUCUACAUACUGAUAUACACCUGAACAUCAGCAGGAGAGGACUCUUUAAAGUAGAGACUCUACAUACUGAUAUACACCUGAACAUCAGCAGGAGAGGACUCUUUAAAGUAGAGACACUACAUACUGAUAUACACCUGAACAUCAGCAGGAGAGGACUCUUUAAAGUAGAGACUCUACAUACUGAUAUACACCUGAACAUCAGCAGGAGAGGACUCUUUAAAGUAGAGACUCUACAUACUGAUAUACACCUGAACAUCAGCAGGAGAGGACUCUUUAAAGUAGAGACACUACAUACUGAUAUACACCUGAACAUCAGCAGGAGAGGACUCUUUAAAGUAGAGACACUACAUACUGAUAUACACCUGAACAUCAGCAGGAGAGGACUCUUUAAAGUAGAGACUCUACAUACUGAUAUACACCUGAUCAUCAGCAGGAGAGGACUCUUUAAAGUAGAGACUCUACAUACUGAUAUACACCUGAACAUCAGCAGGAGAGGACUCUUUAAAGUAGAGACACUACAUACUGAUAUACACAUCAGCAGGAGAGGACUCUUUAAAGUAGAGACACUACAUACUGAUAUACACAUCAGCAGGAGAGGACUCUUUAAAGUAGAGACACUACAUACUGAUAUACACAUCAGCAGGAGAGGACUCUUUAAAGUAGAGACACUACAUAAUGAUAUACACAUCAACAGGAGAGGACUCUUUACUAAUGAUUCAUAGAUAUUUCUCGUAAGGUGAUUUUAUAAAUGCAAGAUUCUGACUUCAAAAUGUAUUUUGUAUUUCAAAUGACUGAAUUUCUUUAUCUUUUGAAGACGGGAACUGGUUGUGAGUGUCGAACUGUUCGAUGGAAAUCUCAGUACAGCUUGUUUUUGUGCCUAAAUCUCCUCAGCAUGUGAAAGAGUUUCUUGGGGAUUAAUCCAUCAAUAAUACCUACAACUUGAGUUGCACUAAAACGUGAGGAAGGAAGCUGAUGUUUUA